UUUUAUACUUAUUGUGUUUUCCUGCAGGGAAGCAAAGGGCACUACAGAUAUCACUGGCAGAGCCACAAUGUCAAGCACAGCGGAGUGGACGAUAUGGUCCUUCUUUCCAAAAUCACAGAAGAUUCCAUAGUGGAGAACCUAAAGAAGAGAUACAUGGAUGAUUACAUUUUUACAUAUAUUGGCUCUGUAUUAAUCUCUGUGAAUCCUUUCAAGCAAAUGCCGUAUUUCGGGGAAAAGGAAAUUGAAAUGUACCAGGGAGCCGCACAAUAUGAAAACCCACCACAUAUUUACGCUCUUGCAGACAGUAUGUACAGAAACAUGAUUAUUGACAGAGAAAAUCAAUGUGUCAUUAUUAGUGGGGAAAGUGGUGCUGGGAAGACUGUGGCUGCUAAGUAUAUCAUGAGUUACAUCUCCAAAAUUUCAGGAGGUGGCCCUAAAGUGCAGCACGUGAAAGAUAUAAUUCUGCAGUCCAACCCUUUACUGGAGGCUUUUGGGAAUGCAAAAACUGUGCGGAACAACAACUCGAGCAGAUUUGGGAAAUAUUUUGAAAUCCAGUUUAGCCCAGGUGGAGAGCCAGAUGGAGGGAAAAUCUCCAACUUCCUACUGGAAAAGUCUCGAGUUGUAAUGAGGAAUCCUGGAGAGAGGAGUUUUCACAUUUUUUACCAGUUAAUUGAAGGGGCUUCUUCUGAACAAAAAAGUAGUCUUGGCAUUACCAGUAUGGAUUAUUAUUACUAUCUCAGUCUCUCUGGAUCUUACAAAGUAGAUGACAUCAAUGACAAAUCUGAUUUCCAAGAAACACUGCAUGCAAUGAGUGUGAUUGGGAUCUUUGCAGAGGAACAGACGUUGGUGCUACAGAUCGUGGCUGGAAUACUGCACUUGGGAAACAUCAGCUUCAAAGAAGUUGGCAACUAUGCAGCAGUGGAGAGUGAAGAGUGUAAGUACCUCUGGAAAUUCUGACAAGAAUGGGCUGAA